AUGACCACGACGAUCGUGCCUGCCAUAACUUCUCUUCCUCGUGCGACCGAGUUUGUAGCCCUCUCGUGGGGAGCCUUUGCGCUUUGGUGGGUUGUUGUGGGUUUCGUUCAUUUCAUCUCGUGUGUGUACGCUGCUGGCUUCGCGAAGUUCUACUGGGAUUUUGGCGCCACCUUAUUAAGCUACACGUUAGAAGGCAACAAUGUCGGAAUGCCACGGGAGGAUUUUCGCACUAUAUCCUACGUCCACAUUGUGCUAGCGGCUGCUCACGGUGUUAGCUUGGUUCUGAUGGUUGUGGGAUCACUAUGGAGGCGCACACUGGUAUUUUUCCCGUGGUCAGCGACAAAGAACGAUGAAAUACUAGGAAUGGACGUGUCCAACAAGGAAAACUGCCAAUCUUACGACCUCAGUAUGAAUGAUUCAAGUCUCGGAAGGCUAGGAACUGGGGUGCUUCGAUCUGGAAAACUACUGAAGGCCAAGCUGACUUACGCGCGCGGAGUAGUAGGAGUUAAUGGACGGUAUUUCUACGCCGUUCUAAUCUGCCGAGAGAUCGUUGAGACGGCAUUCCAGACUGCUCAAGCGUUUCGAAUGAGCAAGUACCUGUCGAGCCGAAUUUUGAACAACCUUUACGUCAGCUUGCUCGUACUCAACUGCUGGUCGUCCGCGUUCGUGCACGCGCGACUGUUUGCCGGUGAUGAAGCUCGACGCCGCCUUGCGGUGAUCGUGUGCGAUUGCGUGCUGGACCUGCUGUCUGCCAUGGGGGUGGCAGUGAUAGUCGUCUUGAAAUAUGUCGACCAAUAUGACACGUCGCUGGAAGGCUUCGGAUAUGAGUUACAGAAUAUCGACGACUGGAUGGCGCAGAUGCUGAAUGAAGCUCGACUCGUUGUGGUGUCUUCGUGGUCAGAUCUGGUUGGUCGUGUGAUCUUCUCCCUGGGAUUCAUUAUGACCACGGCCAACAUGAAAAAACUCCUUCGGUGGACACCUCGUGCCCGUGAAAAUCGAGUAGCAGACGCCAAGCCAACACACAGCAGCAAUCAGAUUCAACACCUGGGCUCCAUCGGGCCCAUGUCCUCCGCAUCAUCUAAAGAUGAGCCCAACAGCGAGACAAACCAACAGAAACCAUUGGACUCCCGGUUCAGACGCUGCAGCAUUCUUUUCAUUCAUAUUCGUGGCAGACUUUUGCCUACUAUCCACGUCAUUUUUGUCGUCUGGGGUGCCGUGGUAUUAGCUUUGCACCUUCAGGCUUCAGUGAAGGACCCACUAAUUAGCUGCAAUCCCAAGGUGAACCCGAUGGCUGGAGCACUGCCAGCUUGCUAUGCGGUGGAAUUUGACUGCUAUAAACUCGAUAUCGCUGGUUCAAAAGAACAAGUGCGAGCAGAAUGGCUCCGGUUCGAUCGCGGCACCACUGUUAAACUUCACUUUCUACACUGUAUAGAUCUCGAAGUUCCCGAAAUGCUCAAGGAAUUCAGCCAUCUACUGGAAAUCUGGGUGUACAAUUCGACCAUACGAGAGUGGGGAGCGUCAUCCGCGGUAACAAAUUCUGACCACCCGGAGCUGGUAUCAAUAACGGUUGUUCGCACCAACAUGACAGAGGGCUAUCUUCCUAAAGGCUUCCAAUCUGCAGACUUCCCUUUGGGUCUCACCCAGCUAUACUUCUGCGAGACGAAUCUGCAGUUUGUUCCGGACGAUCUUGACACGAAAUUGCACUUUGGUUCAAGUAUCUACAUUGAGAAUAGCAAGCUCACAGAAGUACCUCUGGCACUUGCGCGGUCGCGACCUGCCUUCUUGUCGUUCGCCGGCAACCCCAUAGUAGAGCUGCAACCUGAAUUGUUCGAGGGUAUGGGCAUCCCGUACCUUAUUUUAAGUCAUACGAACGUGCGUGAACUGCCGCGUAAUGUGACGGAACCUCCGACGAUCCAAGCAUUUUACGACUUCAGCUUUACCGAGAUCGCGUUCUUUUGGUCGUGGAUCGAUCCGUUCGUGGAACUGACAUUCCUGCCUCAAAUAUCGGCAGGAGGGUCCCCAUACUGUACGGACCUGGACAAGAUUUUCAGUGGUGCUGCUACGAAUUUCAGCGUUCCAUUCCAGCCUGAAUACUCGCGAAUACUGAUGAAUGCAUCGGACGCGAACUGGCCGGCGCUACAACAGUACGUGAUGUGUUCAAAUCCUUUGUCUUCAACCCAAUUUCCACUCGAUGACUGGGAUGCUCAGUACAGAAUAACAAACGAAUAA